ACGCAAAGACAUGUUCGUAGUUGUUUUUUCCCUUGAACAUGUUCCGUUUUAUUAAUUUCAACGUUUUCUAGAACUAUGUACGGGUGGUUAGUUAUUUGUUUAGUGAUAUGUGACGCUCUGUUGUGCAGUGGUAGGUCUGUGUUGAAUCAAAAUUGCCCCACAAUAUGUGUGUGUCAGGAAUUCGUAACCAAUUGUGGAAAUCGAAAUCUGACAGAACUGCCAGACAACAUCGAUAACAAUGUCAUCAGCUUAAACCUGUCCCACAACAAUUUCUACCAGUUUCCGUUUAAAAGGGUGAACUUUUCGAGUUUGAAUUUUCUCAAUCUGGCACAUAACUACAUUGGGUUCCUGGAUCAUGAAGCUUUCACGAUGGUACCUUAUUUGAGUACCUUGGACUUGUCGCACAACAACUUCAAGGACUGGAGGGAUAUCGUAUCGUCGGCGUUCGAUAACUUAAGACAAUUGACUGAAUUGGACCUGUCUCACAAUUCUUUUGGAGGAAGGCUGAGCUUCCACAAUGUGCCUUCACUGAGGGUAUUAAAGUUAAACAGGUGCAACAUAAGAAAUAUCGAUAGUCUUCUGGAUCGACGUGAUGGUUUGGUGGAGGUACACUUGGCACACAACAAAAUUGAUUCCAUAACAAGCAAUUUGUCGUCGAUAACUUUAGAGCAUCUGGAUCUUACAAACUGUAACAUUGCAAAUAUAUCUCAGACAGCAUUUAGUGGCUUAACGAAUCUGAACACCUUACUGCUUAACAAGAACUCCAAGCUUCAAACCUUUAAUGUUGAUACUGUGUAUGCUAAAAAAUUGGAUAUGGUCGACUCCUCCUUGGAACAAAUACCUCAAGGGAAUUUUCCUAAUCUUGAAUCCGUAAAUUUUGCCGGUAACAAAAUAACGGAAAUCAAAACCUUCCAAAAAUUUGUGACGACCAAUAUUUUAGCUCUAAACAUGUCUUUUAAUUCCAUCAAAAAGGUUUACAAUGGGGCCUUUUAUACCAUUCAGUGCAGCGUCAUUGAUUUAUCUUAUAACAGAAUUACAUACAUCGAACCGAAUCUGUUCAGCACCCAAACCGAGUUAAUAAGUCUCAACUUGUCACACAAUUUCCUAAAUAAAAUAGCUUGGUCCAUUAAUACUGUGAAAUAUUUGGACGUCAGUUUUAACGAAAUUAAAACUUUAGACGCAAAUGAUUUCCAAGACAUGUAUAACAUUGAAAUAUUGAAGUUGUCCAGAAAUUUCAUAACGAAAAUUCCCGACAAUAUAUACCUGCCAAGUGCUGUAACAUUGGACGUCAGUAACUGCAGGUUGCGAAGCAUUAACAACCUAACCUUUGCGAGAAUGGAUAGACUUAGAAUAUUGGACAUAAGUGACAACCAGCUAACAACAAUAAGUCCUGCGUUCAUAUCCAAAAUCCGGGAGAUAACUUUGUACAACAAUCCUUGGAGAUGCGACUGUGAUAAACUGAAGCAAAUGUACGAGAGCAUCGGCUACGGCAACGACGACAUACUAAUAUGCGACUCCCCGGAGAAGUUCGAAGGACAAACCUGGUUGCAAGCCUGCAAGGACGAAUGGUACCCGGGGGGCAUCAUACACAAAAAGGACAACCUGUGGAUCUAUUCCUUGGGGAUAUUGACCGCAAUGUCGAUAGUGCUCAUCGUGCUCAUCACCAUGAGGCGAAUCGCAAGGGCCAAAGCUGAAAGACUAAGGCGGGAAGAAGCUGAGAGACGGGCCGAAGCUGAGGAGGCGCUGAGACGAAUGCAACGUGCACAUAGAGAGGCACGCGAAGAAGCCAACAGGAACGCACCGGACCCACGCGAGGCACAAGGCCCGCCAUCUUACAUCGAGGCGUUGCAAUUUCCGAAGCUGGACUCGUCCCAUCCGAGCCUCAACGGCAGCAUGCACAGCAUCGCGUCCAGACAAACGUUGACCGGCGGCAGCAAUCCGGACCUGUCGAAAAGGAACAGCAGAAGGAGGAAGCGCAGAAGGAGAAAGUCCUCGGACGAGGAACGUCCUGCGUCUCAGCUAAUGUUAGAUUCGGAAACGUCGGACAGGGAACUGACUCGGCAACCUCGUGAACCGUUAGAAAGUGAUUUUUAAAAGAAAAUCAGCGAAUUGUAAUAUUCCAGCAGGAAGGAAAGACAGAAGAACUCUUCCUAAAAUAAAUUAUGAUCCCUUUUGAUAGCCGUCCUGUGAUUUAUCCCAUAGAAGUAACGUAUAAAUUUAAAACGAAUAUCGUACAAAGAGAGAUUCGAAAUAAAUGUAAUUUCACUGUAGUUAUAUCUUUAUUAAAAUAUUGUUUAUCUACU